ACCCAUAACAAAUUUCAGCUUGCCAGGAACACGAGGAACUUCGUCCAUUUUAAUAAUACAAAAAAGCGCCUGAAAUCAGACGAAAAUUUUUCUGUCGAAAUAAAAAUGUUCCGAAUCAUCCGCCUGUACAAGAAUAUCGAGAACUUCGACCCCCAUGGAAAAUUCAUUUGAGAAAAAUUCCAAAGCGCUUCCAAUCUUCUGCGUCAACAUGCGCUUCCAACAAUGCCACUGCGAAAAUUCGAGAACUGCAUCCAAUCUGAAUUAGAAAAAACGUUCGAGAACAACACGCUGCGAAGUAACGAUCGAUUGGCGAACAAUUAAUUUCCCGACGAUCGUUUUCGAUCAGCCCCGGGGCCAUUGUCUCCCGCGACCGGCGCGCUCGCCGCCGUUCGCGGUAAAAGAGGCCGCCAUGAACUCAUCCAGAGGCUUACUCGAGUGUGAAACGAAGCGCGAUCAGUGAUCGAGACGGUGCUAGAUCUCCCGGCGCUUUUCACGGGAACGCGGUGUUCCUCGAUGGCGGUUCCGCGGACAACGUUCGGUAAUAUUCGGGGGAGAACUCUGCCCCGCUGAGAAGCCCGUCCAAUGGUCGGAGAGAGAGCAGCAACACGGUGGUGGAUCGACGACGAAUCCUCCGUCACGCGCCAGUACCAGCAUCAUGAUGGUGGUCUCCUUCUCUGAGCUUUUCGCGUGGCUGCUAUAUAAACUAAUGGUCCGGCCUAGGACGAAUGUCAGUUGACAUUUCAUUUGCCAGCGGGUCGGUUCGUCGCCUCUGUGAGAUCCUUUCCGCCCCGUUCCUCCGCGUACGCUCGUCCGAAGCCGGGACCAAUCCCGAGGCCGGCCUGCAGCCAUUGUUCGUUCGCGUGCUGCGUUUCCUUCGCUAGGUGUACAUCGAAGAAGAUCGUCGACAUCCUGGCGUGACACUGGUGAAGGACAGUGUCGGAUGCGACUGGAGGAUGCUGCUGCUGUUCCUGCUGCUCUUCCUGCCUCUGCUGAUUGCCACGGAGAUCACGCAGCCCACUGCGAUGCACGAAGAUGCGUCGAAGCUGCAGCUGGAAGACCCCGAGGGUCCCAUGGACUUGAUCAGUGAUGGGAUCGUGGACGCUGUUGACACUGUACUUCCUGUUUCGAGGUCUUCCGUCGAAGCACGCGGGCCCAAGAGGAAGAAACUGAAGCUGAACAAAUACCUCAUUCCCCUGUUAGUCGGAUUCAUGCUGAUCAAGUCUAUCCUGCUGCCGAUUACGUUGAAGACGUUAGCGAUUUUGAGCGGCAAAGCGGUGGUCCUUAGUCUAAUGAGCCUGAUCCUGGCAGCCAUAGUCGGCCUGAAGAAAGUCGCGCAGAGCCAUUCAGGCGGCGGCGGCUACGAGGCAGCCACUUAUGGCAAAUACAGGAGGCAGGACAUGCUGGGCAUGACGGACAGCGCGUCCAUGGAAUCGGAACCCUACAAAUUUUAUAGCGAAAGACGCAAAAGGAAGUGAAUAAGAAUCGUAUUUAUUUUUA